AUAGAGGAAUGGGAGGAAUGGAAGAUAUGUUUACACGAGAGUUAACCCUAGAUAGUUGUAAUAAAACAUUAACGUUUUAUCAAAGGGUAGUUGGUGAUGUAAGUAGCGUAGUGUGGGAUGCAUCCAUCGUUUUAGCAAAAUAUUUAGAUACAUUAGCUGCAAUCGACAGAAAUGGAAUUAAUUGGCUAUGUGGCAAAAUAGUCUUAGAACUUGGAAGUGGCCUCGGAUGUGUGGGGAUGACUGCUGCUUGCCUUGGAGCACAAGUUUAUUUGACUGAUUUAGAAUCUGCUCUACCCAUGUUAAAAUACAAUGUUAAAAUGAAUGAAAAAUGGAAGGACUCUGGAGGUAGCGUUAUAGUUCAGGCUCUAGAUUGGUGCACAGAUUUAUCAUUGAACACUAAACCAGAUCUUGUGGUUCUUGCCGAUUGUGUUUAUUAUAAAGAGUCCAUUAAACCAUUACUGGAUACUUUAGAUACAAUUUGUAAAGGAGACAAACAUUCGGAAAUAAUAUUUUGUCAGGAAGAACGCAAUACUCCGGGACAAAUUCCAAUAUGGCAAGAGUUUAUAGAUCAGUUGAAACUGAGAUUUAAUGUUGAACGUAUCCCAUUAUCUGAACAACAUCCAGUAUAUUGUAGUUCGGAUAUUCAUUUAAUGAAACUGUCGAAAAUUUAGUUGAAUAAAAUGUACAAAAGAUUUUUAGA